UCUCACGGAGGCAGAGUUUCCUUUGGAAAGGGCAUUGUCUUCCCAUCAAAUGCAAAGUUGUCCAAGGAACAACGGAGAUUGGGUCCUCACUGUGGGAUCCACCAAGAGUACGUGGCUGUAGGAGGAUGAUGGACCGUCCAGAGGCUUCGAGCAUUCAGUCUGCCGCACUCACAUUCCACCGCUUUCUUCGACCCAGACAGUUGGCUCGCCCUCCUCUUCUGGGAUCGAGGGAAGAAGAAGAAGAGGCGAAGAACAUUUAUCCUCUUUCUGCUUCUUUCUGUUACUAAUUACCUUGCAAUAUGCAAUCUUGAACCUGGAGUUCAGCCAUGGCGGCCUGCGCCAAUUUGGGUCGGAAGCCUCCUUUUCUCAUUCCUAUUCACGAGGAAUUGGGUCGCAGAAGCAUUCUUCCUGCAUGUUUGCUCUUGCGGAAACCGCGACGGCCCAAAACUCGUGUUAAGACCCUCGCUUUCCUUCGGCCGACUGAUGUCCUGGAUUCGAUAGAGAAGUAUGCGCAUGGAGUGCUCUCCGACACCUUGCUCUCAGCAAUUUCAAGCCUGUCGAUGGAUUCGAUCUUUUUGAUGGCUCCGGCGCUGGGUUUUAUUUCUGGGGCAGCGUUAUACCUUUCUCGCAGGGAGAAGAAUGUCCCUGGCGCCGGAGAAUGGAUUCUCAUCACGAGCCCGACGCCAUUCAACCGUUUCGUAUUGCUUCGCUGCCCAUCAAUCUUAUUCGAAGAUGGCAAGAACAUGUUGGGAGAAUUGAAUGAGAAACUGUUGAAGGAAGAGAGUCAUUUUGUUAAGCUGGAUGGAAUGAUCUCUGAGGAAGAUCUGAUAUCGGGAGAAUUGAGGCGUUAUGAUCAAGAUAUCACUUACCAGAGGCUUUGUCUGAGGACUCCUGAUGGCGGAGUCAUCUCAUUGGAUUGGCCGGCGGAUUUGGAUUUGAGAAAGGAGAAGGGGAUGGAUACAACCGUGUUGAUUAUUCCGGGGACGACAGAGGGGAGCUCGGACAAAUCGGUUUGUAGUUUUGUUAAACAAUCAAUCAGGCACGGGCUCUUUCCGGUAGUGAUAAAUCCGCGAGGUUGUGCUGGGUCGCCUGUAACCACUCCACGGUUGUUUACAGCUGCAGAUAGCGACGAUAUAUGCACUGCUGUACAAUUUAUUAGCAGGUCAAGGACAUGGUCAACAUUGCUGGCUGUUGGAUGGGGAUAUGGAGCAAAUAUGCUGAUCAAAUACCUUAGUGAAGUUUCCGAGAGAUCAGCAAUCACAGCUGUUGCAUGCAUUAAUACUCCUUUUGACUUAGAGGACGCCACAAGGUCAGCCCCUUCUCAUAUUAUUCCCGAUCAAAAAUUUACAGAGGGAUUGCAAGAUAUCCUAAGAGCUAACAAGGAGCUCUUUCAAGGAAGAGGAAAGGGCUUCAAUGUGGAAGAAGCUCUGUCAGCAACUUCUGUGCGUGAUUUUGACAAGGCAAUCUCUAUGGUGUCCUAUGGAUUUGAUAGAAUUGAAGACUUUUACAAGAAGUCAAGUACAAGGGAACUGAUCAAUACGCUGAAAAUUCCUGUGCUUUUCAUACAGACUGAUGAAGGCACUGUACCAUUGUUCUCUGUUCCACGCAAUGCAAUUGCGGAGAAUCCAUAUACUAGCUUACUUUUGUGUUCCUGUACACCAUCAAGUCUAAUGAAGAAAGCGGCUCCUUCUACACUGCCAUGGUGUCAGAAUCUUAUAAUUGAUUGGUUCACGGGUGUAGAGCUUGCAUUUUUGAAGGGGCGUCAUCCUCUACUAAACGAAACAGAUAUUGCUCUCAGUCUUUCAAAAGGUCUAAUGUUGUUUAACAGAAGUACUUCAGUUGAUGAUAUCUUAAUGAGCAAACAAGGUCAAGGCUCCAGAAACUUACAAGCUUCUUUGAAUCUUCAAGGUGGUGCUGGUAAUGGACGAUUCAAUAGUGAACAUUUGUUAGAAAGUGAAUUACGGGGAAGGAUCAACUUGGAAGGGACAGAACCUCAGCAGGUUGGGGUUGACCAUUUAUUGCAGCAUGUGGAAUCUGUUGAUGAUAAAGCAGUUCAAGAGAGACAGGAUGAUGUUCCUGGUGCCACUCAAAUGAGUCAAAUCUUACAAACAGCAGAGUUUGUGAUGAAGAUGCUUGAUGUUACUAUGCCUGGUACACUAGGAGAUGAACAGAAGAAAAAGGUUUUGGCUGCAGUAGGACAAGGGGAGACAUUGCUAAAAGCUUUGCAGGAGGCUGUUCCAGAAAAUGUUCGUGGGAAAGUAACUGCUGCUGUUUAUGAGCUAGCCCAAACAAAAGCAACAAAAUUAAAUAUUGCAGACCUCAUUAAUCUUAAGUGGGUACCUAAUUUGUCAGGACAAAUAAAGUCGAAAGUUGCAGGAAGAAUUAAAGAGUUUUCGUGCAAAAAUGGAGAACUGAAUGCUAAUCAAUCUCGUGAUAGCAUAAAUAGUCUUGUCAAUACCGAAGAGAAGUCCUUACAGAUGCACAGUUCAGGAGAAAACAAUCUGGAUCUGAAAGCAGAUCCUUCUGUAUUUUCACUCAAUCAUGAAUCACCCAUGGUGGUUGAUGGCGACUUUAUUGGGAAGGGAACUGCAGGCAUGAGGCCAGUGUCUUCAGAGAUUCUCCAUUCCCAAUUGCAUGAGACUAAGUCUUCAAAAUCUAAAAUUGAUGGUUCAUCAAGGAAUAAUAUGGUUUCCUCUGAGGCAGCAAAUCCUUCUGGGUCAAUGCGAAAUGACAGUGACUUACUGGAAAAGAAAGUUAUUUGUACUUCAGCAAAUGGUGACAGUGAUAAAGAAAUAAUCAGAGAAGAAAUCACUGAAAAGAAUUCUGCAGGAAGAAGUCAGGAGGCUGACAGCAUGAUGCACAAAGGGAAUUCAUUUGUCACCGUAAUAAAAGGUGACAGUCAGGAAAAUAAUGUUACAGAAAAGGACUCCGAGCUAGAGAACCUAAGUCCAAGUGAAAGAGAUGAACAUAAUUCAUUAGUUAAAGAUAAUAUAUUGACUAAGGAAGCAUAUGACGUGGAGAAAAAUUCUGACAAAUAUGUACAGAGUUCUGGAAAUGGGAAUAAGGAAACUUCUUCAAAGAAAGCUCAAGAUCCACUUCCAUCUGUUUUAAUCCCUCCUGAUCCUCCUUCAGUUGGUGGUGUUUCUCAAGCGUUAGAGGCCUUGACUGGUUUUGAUGAUUCCACCCAAAUUGCAGUUAACAGUGUCUUUGGGGUCAUUGAAAAUGUAAUUGAGCAGUUGGAAAGAAAUGGUAAUGAAGGUGGUGACAGGACAAAAGAAAAUGAGAUUCAGGAGUCUGAGAAUCUCUCUAUUGACAAGCCAAGCAGUGUUCAGAAGGAAAAUGGUGAUGAUGUGUCAGCAGAAGACUUAGAUAUUAUACAAUCACAUCAGGAAGUAAAUAUGACACCCAAUUCAAGCCAACUGGAAAGUGCAAGCUGCCAAUCUGAGGUGACUGGCAGUCUUAAUUUAUCUCUUCAGGAGAAUUGUAAGUCUGUCAAAGAUAAUACUGUGGGCAUCAAUGAACUGGAUGAUCAGCCCAAUACUGAGACCACUUAUUCUGAGAAAAAGGAAAGCAACAGAUUGAAUAACGGCUUUAGUAAUUAUGGAAGUUUCAUCAAAAAGCAAAGCAAUGGUGACAUUGUAAAGGGAUUUCCACUACAUAUAAUUUUAAACCCAUUUAGUGAGUCAUGUAUCCGUUGGUCCACUCCUUCCAGAUCCUUAUCUUCACCAAAGCAGAACAUGUCCCUUGACUUGGUUUCCACUAGUGAUCUUUUACUUGAAUACUUCCCAGAUGAAGGCCAAUGGAAACUUUUUGAUGAUUUAGAGGAAAAUGAUUGUUCCCCAGCUAAAGGUGACAGACAAGGCAACAUCCAAGAAUUUCUGGGAGCACCUGAUGUCAAUGUAGAAAAGGUUGUUGAGCCAUCUUAUGUAAUAUUAGAUGAAAAUAACAAAUGUGAAUCAUCUUAUGAAUGUCAAUCAUCAAAACAUUGUGCGGAUAUAAGUAACUGUGGAGAAGAAAGUAAAUUGAGUAAUAAACAGGUUGAUAAUUUGGCAACUAUGGUUAAAAAUAUUGUAAUAAAUGCUCUUGAAGUUGAAGUUAUUCGGAAGCUUGGAAUUCCCGACAAGGAUGCAAUGAAGUCAGGUAUUAGGCAUGAGAUGGAGCUAAUUGCUGGUGUAGUUUCAUUUGUAGCAAAACAUGAUAUUUUAGAAGGUCAGAACUCAAAAACGCAACCCAAAGAUGUUGUUCCUGCAAAGCUUGGAACACUUAAUGGGGAAAAUAUUAUGGUUGCCAUUUCAACGGCAGCUAAAACUACGUGUCAUUUGCAGAGUAUUUUACCAAUUGGCAUUAUUGUUGGAUCCAGCUUAGCCUCCCUCGGGGAAUCUUUUCAUGUGGCUACUGGGGACGACAAUAAAGGAAGCAACCACAUUGACUAUAAAUCUGUUAUUGAGAAGCCAGAGCACUGUAAACAGCAGGAUCCAAAUGUGGGACAGGAUCAUGAAGCUAGUGAGAAGUUUCAGGACAAAACAAAUAAUUCAGUGGAUGAGACAGUGGUUGUCAAAAAUCUUGAUGGUGAAAGUGUAAUGGUAGGAGCUGUUACAGCUGCCCUAGGUGCUACUGCCAUAUUAGCACAUAAGCAGGCUCAGAGACCUCUUCAGAGGCAUGGAAUUGAUGGUUCAUCUUCUUUUGGAAGAUCAUCAGUAGGGGAUCUGGAGAAGGAAGAAAACAAGCUUGAGGGUAGACUGCAUGAUGGAAGCAAGAACAAUAUAGUAAAUACUCUAGCUGAGAAAGCAAUCUCUAUGGCUAGUCCUAUGGUACCUAUCAAGGAUGAUGGUGGAGUAGAUCAAGACAGGUUAGUGGCCAUCCUAGCAGAUUUGGGACAAAGAGGGGGUUUCUUAAGAACGAUUGGAAAAGUUGCACUUCUUUGGGGUGGUAUUCGUGGUGCAAUGAGUUUGACAGACAGACUCAUUUCUUUUCUACGUAUUGCUCAACGCCCACUUUUUCACAGGCUUGUUGCUUCUGCGUGCAUGGUGCUGGUUCUUUGGUCACCAGUUGUCAUACCUCUCUUACCAACACUUCUGCAAAGAUGGGCUGCUUGUAGCUCGGCUGGAAUUGUUGAAUAUUGUUGCACCAUUGGCCUCUAUGUAUCUCUCAUGAUCCUAGUAAUGCUUUGGGGCAAGAGGAUACGAGGAUAUGAAGAUCCAGUCACACAGUAUGGGCUUGAGUUGGGUUCCAGAUAUGAGCUUCAUAAUAUGCUCAAGGGCUUUGCUGGUGGGAUCGUUCUUGUCAUGUUAAUACAUGUUUUAAACUCUUUUCUUGGUUAUGCAAGUUUUGAUUUGCCUCAAAAUCCUUUAUUUUCAUCAACAAGCAUCGGUGGGAAGCUUAAAGCCUUUGGAGAACUGUUCAUAAUUGUUGUGCGUGGCAUUGUUACAUCAGUAAGUUCUGCUGUGGUGGAAGAACUAAUUUUCAGAUCAUGGUUGCCUGAAGAAAUAGCUGCUGAUCUUGGAUAUCGUAAGGCAGUUAUUCUUUCUGGCCUUGGUUUUGCUAUAUUCCAAUGGUCCCUGCCAUUGAUACCGGGUCAUUGGCUGCUAUCUUUGGCAUUAAGUGCUAUCAAGGAAAGAGCAAAUGGUAGUCUCGCUGCAGUGAUCGGAGUUCGAGCUGGAAUCACUUCCACUGCUUUCAUAACUAGAUCUGGUGGUUUCAUAAAGUACAACCAGUUUACUCCAUUCUGGAUAGCAGGUGCACAUUUAUGGCAUCCAUUUGGUGGAGUGCUUGGAGUUGGACUCAUUGCAACUGUGGCUGUAUUCUUUCAUCCAAAACAGUUCUCUUCAAGGAACAAGAUCCCUUAACUUUUCUGAAUCUGAGGGGCAGCUGUUUGCCAUACCAGUGAUUCAUCUUCUGAUGAUCCUGUUAGGUUUCUUAAAAUCUGUUUUGAAGUGCAGAACGUCAGUGCAUUUUCUUAAUAACUGCUUUGAAGUGCAGAAUAUAAGUACAGGUCUCCAGAUUGAACUGGAUCAAGCUUUUUUGCAGCAACUGCAAUUCCCUUGGACUCCAUUGUCUGGCCUUUAAUUGGUGAUUAUUUUCAAGUACAGAGAACAUGUCAAGGCCUUGGUAUCAUCUUCGGCUGUUGUUGGGGAAGAAUUUCUGACUAAGACAUACCUCCGGUGGCAAGCUUUCCUUGUAAAUGAAAUUGACCUGGGGAAAUUGUGCAGCUGAAUCUGGCCAUUAUUCUUCAAUCCACAUCUCCGCUCAUGCUUCCAAUUUUGUAGUGCAUCAUCAUUACAGUAUUUGAUUAUUCUGGCAUUAUAGAUUGAUGUCCUCGUCAUUCAGUCGUAUCUGAAAGCUCAUCCUUGUGCUUAUAGAGUUCUUGUAUAAAUUUGGGGGCUGAUGCCAUAAAAGAAAUACAAUCUCAUUCCAAAAGUACCCAUUGUUCAUCUUUUGCAUAUGCCUUUUUUUUCCUUUUGUA